AUGGAGCAGAGUGUGCAGCAGCAAGGACCAACACUCUCAGGGCCUUCCAGGAGCAGAUGGACUGACCCUGACAUCAGGAUCUUCCUGCAGGAGUGGGAAGUAGUAGAAGCGGAAAUAGGCCACCCAGGCAGAAAAAUUCACAAGAAGACCAGGGCUCUUUGCCAGGGACUCUUUCACAGGGGCCUGAAGAAGUCAUGGCAAAGCUGUUUCGACCUGCUGGUCAGUCUGCAGUAUCUGCACAGGAAACUAUGUAGCGAGAGACCCAGGACAGAACCCUUGUUUUCUCCGUAUGCCGAGGCCCUGUAUAGGAUCCUGGGCCAUAGACCCCAGGGAAGCUAUUUCCCAGGGCCUUCCCGGAGCAGAUGGACUGACCCUGACAUCAGGAUCUUCCUGCAGGAGUGGGAAGUGGUAGAAGCGGAAAUAGGCCACCCAGGCAGAAAAAUUCACAAGAAGACCAGGGCUCUUUGCCAGCGACUCUUUCACAGGGGCCUGAAGAAGUCAUGGCAAAGCUGUUUCGACCUGCUGGUCAGUCUGCAGUAUCUGCACAGGAAACUAUGUAGCGAGAGACCCAGGACAGAACCCUUGUUUUCUCCGUAUGCCGAGGCCCUGUAUAGGAUCCUGGGCCAUAGACCCCAGGGAAGCUAUUUCCCAGGGCCUCCCAAAUAUGGAGCUGGUUAUCCCCUGUAUCCGAUGGACCCUCAACUUCCAAUGGUGAUACCAUCUGCCCCGUACCAGCCUUGCCAUUAUGGCUUUCCUGCACCUUCUCCAAGGCUUCAAGGCUACCAAUGGUCUAUGAUGUCUUGUGGGCAUUCCGGCCAUCCAGCCUUCCUUUUCGGCUGCACAACCCCUUCCUGCUCACGUCCUAGAGACUCCAGUGUCAACCAACAGUGCUUGACUCCUGAUGACACCCAAGGCCCUCAGGGAAUUCAGUGGAGAUUGCUGUGUUUUCUCUAG